GGAUGCGGAGCGCGGCGUUGCGUUGGUGCGUGGCCCCGGCGCUCUCCGCAGCCCCGCUGCCGAGCCGCGGGCUGUGCGGGCGGCAGCUGCGGGGGGAAGGCGGUGGCGGCGCGGCGGCGGCGGCGGCAGCGCGCAAAAUCACUGAGAACGCAAAGAAGUCCUUGGCCUCUCUUAAGAGAGAAAACCCUCGGCUUGAGCCAACACUUGCUAUUAUUCAGGCACAUAAUGAUCAUUUGAUUCAAGAUAUAAACAAGAACUUUGCCAAAGAGGUUGGUCUACAUGUUGUUCACAUCUGUCUCCCUGAAGGUAGCAGCAAGGACGAGGUUGUCAAUGAAAUCUUGAGACUGAAUGAGGAUCCUAAUGUGCAGGGCCUUGCCCUUGACCUCCCAGAAAGCUUAUAUAGCAGUAAGGUAUUAAACGCUGUGAAACCAGAGAAGGAUGUGGAUGGAUUAUCCAGUGUAAAUCUAGGACGUUUGGUACAUGGCGAUGCCUAUGACUGUCUAGUUCCUCCUACGGCAUGUGCUGUGAUGGAGCUUCUUGAAGAUUUAGGUGGAAAGACGGUGCUGCUGGUGGGAGCCAGUGGGGCAGUGGGUGCCGCCUUGCAGUGCAUGCUGCAGAGGGAGGGAGCUGUGACUGUGAGCUGCCAGUGGAAAGCCCCUCAGCUGCAGACCAAGCUUCAUCAUGCAGAUGUGGUGGUAGUUGGCAGUACAAAACCUGAUGAUGUUUCUAUGAGCUGGAUAAAGCCUGGAACCACCAUAAUCAGUUUUUCUCAUGAUUUGCUCUCAGAGAAACACAACUAUGGUCAGCAAAACAAUCAUGCUGCUGAAAACACUGUUGGUUCUCUUGCAAUAGCAAUGCGAAUGCAGAACAUGGUAAAAACUACUGAGCGAUGGAUCCAGUCCCAGCAGUACAGGAAGUGGGACCUCCGCUGCUUGAAACUGCAGCCUCUCUCCCCAGUGCCCAGUGAUAUUGAGAUUUCUCGAGCACAGAGUCCAAAAGCUGUUGAUGUACUUGCCAAGGAGAUAGGAUUGCUUACAGAUGAAAUUGAGAUCUAUGGCCAAACCAAAGCCAAAGUACGUUUGUCCCUGCUGGAAAGGUUAAAGGAUCAACCAGAUGGAAAAUAUGUUCUCGUUGCUGGAAUAACCCCUACACCCCUAGGAGAGGGGAAAAGCACAGUCACAAUUGGUCUUGUUCAAGCGCUUACUGCACACCUUAACAUUAAUUCCUUUGCUUGUCUGAGACAACCUUCUCAAGGACCUACUUUUGGAGUUAAAGGUGGAGCAGCCGGUGGUGGAUAUGCUCAAGUGAUCCCAAUGGAGGAGUUCAAUCUUCAUUUGACUGGAGAUAUUCAUGCUAUAACUGCUGCAAAUAAUUUGCUGGCUGCUGCUAUUGAUGCUAGGAUCUUGCAUGAGAACACUCAGUCUGAUAAGGCUUUGUAUAAUAGACUGGUUCCAGUAGUUAAUGGCGUGAGAGGAUUUUCUGCUAUUCAGCUUGCCCGUCUGAGAAGGCUGGGAAUAAAUAAGACUGAUCCUGGGACUUUGACAGAAGAGGAGGUUAGCAAGUUUUCUCGCCUUGAUAUUGACCCAUCUACCAUAACAUGGCAAAGAGUGGUGGAUACAAAUGACAGAUUCCUGCGCAAAAUAACAAUUGGGCAGGCAAAUACAGAGAAAGAAUUUGUCCGUCAGGCUCAGUUUGAUAUUGCUGUUGCAAGUGAAAUUAUGGCCAUCCUGGCUCUUACCACCAGCCUUCAAGAUAUGAAGGAGAGGCUGGGGAAAAUGGUGGUAGCUAAUGACAAGAAAGGAGAACCAGUAACAGCAGAGGAUUUGGGAGUAACAGGUGCCUUGGCAGUUCUGAUGAAAGACGCAAUUAAACCCACACUAAUGCAGACAUUAGAGGGAACACCAGUAUUUGUUCACGCUGGACCUUUUGCUAACAUUGCACAUGGAAAUUCUUCUGUUCUGGCAGAUAAAAUUGCCCUUAAAUUAGUUGGAGAGAAAGGAUUUGUAGUAACUGAAGGUGGCUUUGGUGCUGACAUUGGGAUGGAGAAAUUCUUCAACAUCAAAUGCAGAGCCUCUGGCUUGGUUCCCAGUGUGGUUGUACUUGUUGCUACAGUGAGGGCUUUGAAGAUGCAUGGAGGUGGGCCAAAUGUAACUGCUGGUGCCCCCUUGAAGAAAGAAUACACAGAAGAGAAUCUCCAGCUGGCAGCUGAUGGCUGCUGUAAUCUACAAAAACAGAUUCAAAUUGCUCAGCUCUUUGGAGUUCCUGUUGUGGUCGCUCUAAACGUCUUCAAAACUGACUCUGCUGCUGAGGUUGAUCUCGUAUGUAAGAUUGCAAAGCAGUCUGGAGCAUUUGAUGCUGUACCCUGCAAUCACUGGUCAGCUGGUGGUAGAGGAGCAGUAAAAUUAGCUCAAGCUGUGGAAAAGGCAGCCAGGCAGAAAACCAGUUUCAAGUAUCUCUACAGCUUGCAGCUUCCUAUUGUUGAAAAAAUAAGGAUCAUUGCUCAAAAGGUGUAUGGAGCUCAGGAUAUAGAGUUAUCUCCUGCUGCACAGUCACAAGUUGAUCGUUACACCCGGCAGGGAUUUGGAAAUCUUCCCAUUUGUAUGGCAAAAACUCACCUAUCCCUCUCCCAUCAGCCUGAGAGGAAGGGCGUUCCCACUGGUUUCAUAUUGCCAAUUAGUGAUGUGCGAGCCAGUAUUGGAGCUGGAUUCAUCUACCCUUUGGUAGGAACGAUGAGCACCAUGCCAGGACUGCCCACAAGGCCAUGCUUCUAUGACAUUGACCUUGACCCCAUCACAGAGCAAGUGAAAGGAUUGUUUUGAGAGUGACAUCCAAAUUCAGAGGCCUGGAAAUUAAGAACUGCAACUUUCCUGUUUCCUGCAAGUGGGAGACAAAAAUGAAUCUGAAAUAUUCCUGUUAUGUGUCUCUGGAGGAAUGUCAAGAUAGACCAAAGAGCAAAAGUUUACUCUUUCUUCAAACUAGUUUUUAUGAUGAAAUAUAGCUGUAAGGUUAAAAAAAAAAAAGGCAAGCUAGUUUUUCUUGCUGUAGUACAGGAAGCUCUCUACUGGGGCUUAUGCUUGUUUGUAGAUAAAAUGACAUUGAAAAAGAGAAAUUUUUCACCUUAGAGUUUUCGUCUUUUCUCAGAGGAGUUUACAGAAGUAUUUCCCUUAUCUUGGCCAUCUACAAACUUGCAUAAACAUGAUUAUACUGUGUGAUCAAGGCUAUUUCUCUCUGAAAAAUACACUUUCACUCCUGGCAUUCAGGAGCUGAAACUACACGCAGAUUAACUGCACAUUUUUGAGUUAUCAUCAACUGUUGCUCUGGAUGCAUUUGGGCAACAGCCAACCUUCAAGCAAGGAAGAUAUUAAGCAGAGGAAAAACAGAGCAUGUAUUUUGUAAAAGGUUUUUAAGAUAUAAUUUGUUUCCUUGUUGGGCAAAGAUCUUUUAAAACACUUAAGCCAUAGCUGUCUCAUGUCCAUAGGUCUGUCUUUAUCCAAAGAGUAUGUUACAGGCUGUCCAGCUGAUUAUGUGCUUGUUGUGGUGAAGCUGGUUGUUCAGAGAGGGCACUGCUCCUUCUGAAGCCCUGUUUUGCUCCUGUUCUUGGCUAAUGAAGCCUCCUGCUGUGCUGGCUCCAGACCUAGAGUUUUUCUUGUCAUGUCCCUGGCAGUACACAACACCCAGUAACAACAGAGGAAUGUCCAUCAAGCAAAGAUGCGACAGGGCAGAGCUUUUUUCUGCUUCAUUUUGCAGGUUUUAACCACCAUACUUGUAAAACUGGAGUGUGUUUCUGUUUGAAGGGGCUAUUCAAACAAGUUAAAUUAAAGCACACAGUUUAAAAUUUAUCUCAGCAACUUACCUUGUCUGUUUUUAACUAAAAAACAGUAAAACAAGCCUUAGGCACAGGAUACUGCAUUUAGCUUUUCAAGCUGCUGCUGCUCAGGAAACGCUUGCUGACUGACUGUCGGUUCCUUCAAUAACAAAAAAUGCAACAGAACAAUAGGGUGAAUUAAGACAAUAGGCCAUUGUUGUUUUAGGUAAAAAGCAGUGAAAUAAUGAUGAGAGAGUUUAUUUUCCUGGUGAUGUUUUCCAUCCUGUCGCUUUGCUCUGCUUGCGUACAUUUGUAUGUUAUGAGCUUCUGCAGUGCAGUUUUGGUUCCCCUCUACACAGCCACAUUUGGAGACUUCAUUAUCUCAGGAGCUGUGUUGUAAUUGAGGGGUUUGUUUUGGUUUUUAAAACUAUGCUUUGUUAUUUAUAAACUCAAAACUAUAAUUAUGGACAGAAGAGCAAACUGGGGACACUUAAUUAUCUGUGCCUUCCCUGCAGUAGCACGGAAAUGUCUGCUGACUGCAUUUCAGAACUGUUCUAUUCAUAGUGUGGUCCUCCAGCACCAUGGGGAUUGCUGUGAUGAUAAAUCUAAAUACAAAAAAAUAGAGCUAUUUGAUAUUUUAGCCUGAUUAAAUGACAGAGCUUAUAAUGACCUAGACUGUGGAUGCUUUAAUUACAGUGGGGCAGGACAAAUAAGAUCAGUAGUAAGUAAGAUUCAAGUGUGGCUCUCACAGGUACAGGGAAGAGAGAUUUCUCAUAUUUUCUAUUAAAUUGUGCCCUGAAAAACCACCAUGAUAGUCAUACACAUAAUGGUGUUGUAAUUUAGUCUUGCACACACUGAGCUAUCUAGCCUAGAAAUAGACACUUUUGGACAAAAAUAAAUAAGCGUGGUUUCUAGGCACACUUUUCCUAGUAGCAUCAUUAAAAGAAAAAUAAAUAAGGUUUUCCCUCCUUUUUAUCCAGAGAGAUUCAGAAAACCACAACUGUGCCUUACUAGUCGUCCUUCUGGCUCCCCUUCAGGUGUGCUAAACCCAUCUCCAUGCAGUCUGGGGUACAAAACAUAACACUAGCUGUCUACCUUUGAAGCUUCCAUAUGUGUACGGAUGUCUGAGUAACAAGUUUUAUAAGUAAUUUCAAACUACUGCUUGAUACCCACACACCUUCCAUAAUACAGUCUCCAUAUUGUCCCUUCAGGCCACACACGCUGGGGCUGUUUAUCUGUCUGGCCCAUCAGUCUCUCCCUACGAUGGACCAUUCCAGCUCCAUUAGUUGAGAGUUGACAAACAUCCUGUAAUUUUUCUCCUGUCAUUUGCACAGGAUUUGUUAUAGUGUUUUGAUAGCUUCAAUAAUUCAAGGAAAGCUGGAAUGGCCCUCUCUUCUUUUGUUCUAGCUUUUCCCUUGCCCCAUCUAGUUUAACUAUCGAUCUGCAAAAUCUCUUGAGCUCCUACAUUUUUGGGCCUUCAUUUUACAUUAUAGUAGGUUUGUUAAAAAUAAUACACACUGCUGUGCAGAUUCUGUCUCAUGAUCCAAAGGGAUUGAGCUAUUGGCCAUCAGCUAAGCUGCAGAAACUGCCACAGUAUGUUCCUUAGGGCUGCCCUAUUUCUGAGGCCUCCAUCAAGAAGGGUUUAAAAUGAAAACUUUUUAAGGUGUUUUAGUGGUAUUUGUGCUAUUUGUUGUUACAUGGAUGCAGCUGCAAGUGCGGAACUCCUGCCUUUGCAUCUACUCUGAGCAAUUUUGUGGCAGGGCAGAACCACAGCUUUAUAAGGCAGCUUGCUGUGCUUAUUCCUGCAUUUGCUAAAGCACGUUAAGCACAGAGCAGUUGUUUAUUAUCAGAAGAUCUGCUUUUUGUAGUGACUGAAUACUUUGUUAUUGCUACUGCUGAACUACUUCUGUAAUGACAUUGAAAUACUUCAGACAAUGGGUUUCUUCAUUUGUGUUUUAAAAUAAAAACUCCCAGUCCUUCAGUUGCCAUGAACAUGAAAAUAAAGUGUGUGUACUGUCAUUCCAUUUGCACAAGUGGUGCCUGUCUCAAGUCUGAAUUCAUUAAUAAAGUACAUCCAUUAUUUAA